AAAGUACAUUAGAGUGCGUAUAUGUUUACGUGUAUGUGCCAGCCCUUACAUAUCUUGGACUAAUUUAUAGAUAAAGAGAAAACGAGUGAUUAGUGAUGUCACUCCAGAGUGAUCGUGAAGUUGUUUGUAUACACGUUGGACAAGCUGGAAUACAAAUUGGCAAUGCUUGUUGGGAGUUAUUUGGUAUGGAACAUGGAAUUCAACCUGAUGGACUUAUGAUUGAUGGAUUUUUUCCAACUGAUAAUUCAUUUAAAACAUUUUAUAUGGAAACAUGUCAUGGGAAAUUUGUACCACGAACUGUGUUUGUCGAUUUGGAGCCAACAGUCGUUGAUGAAGUACGUACAGGUUUUUAUCGUCAACUAUUUCAUCCAGAGAAUUUAAUCAGUGGUAAAGAAGAUGCAGCUAAUAAUUAUGCACGCGGUUAUUAUAAAACCGGUAGUCAAAUGUCAGAUUUGGUGAUGAAUCGAAUUCGGCGAGUUGUUGAAACAUGUCAUAUGCUUCAAGGUUUUAUUAUCUUUCAUUCAUUGGGUGGUGGUACUGGUUCAGGAUUUACUUCACUACUCAUGAAUAAAAUGACUCAAGAUUAUCGUAAAAGUACUAAGAUUGAAUUAGUUGUCUAUCCAGCUCCACGAUUGGCUAGUUCAGUUGUUGAACCGUACAAUUCUGUGCUAGCAACACACGCAUGCAUUGAAGACUCUGAAGUUGUCUUUCUAAUGGAUAAUGAAGCUGUAUGGGAUAUAUGCCGUCGAAAUUUGACAAUCCGACGUCCAUCAUUUACCAAUAUUAACCGAAUACUAGCUCAGGUAAUUAGUUCAUUGACAGCUGCAUUACGAUUUAGUGGUUCAUUGAAUGGUGACCUGUCAGAAUUUCAAACAAAUUUAGUUCCUUAUCCAAGAAUACACUUUCCAUUAAUCACAUUCAAUCCAAUUGUUUCAGCUGAGAAAGCCUAUCAUGAACAGAAUAGUGUGGAUCAGAUAACAAGAGCGUGUUUUGAGCCAGCUCAUAGUUUUGUGAAAGUUGAUCCAUGUCAAGGCUUAUACAUGGCCAUAUGUAUGUUAUACCGUGGUGAUGUUGAUCCAAAUUCAGUGAAUUCAGCAAUCCAAGGUAUCAAAGCCUCACGUUCAGUACGAUUUGUUGACUGGUGUCCAACAGGCUUUAAAGUUGAUAUCAAUGCCCAACCAAUGUUAGCAGUACCAAGAUCAGAAUUGGCUAAAGUACUACGUUGUUGUUGUAUGCUAGCUAACAGUACAGCAAUUGCAACAGCUUUUAGUAGAAUAGAUCGGAAAUUUGAUUUGAUGUAUCAUAAACGAGCUUUUGUUCACUGGUAUGUCGAUGAAGGAUUAGAAGAGAAUGAAUUUACUGUGGCACGUGAAGAGUUAGCUGCACUGGAACGUGAUUAUGAAGAAGUUGGCCUAGCGACAAAAAUGUAAGGGAAAUUAACAAAGAUAGGAAGAGACAAUAAUUUAUUUUUGUAUAUAGCUGUUUUCUGAGCGGCUUUUUAACUUUCCUGCUUCACUCGUCGUUUGUGAAGAACACGCAUCACUGUGAACAUUUUGUUCUUUUUUUCAUUUAUAUUUGCGGUGCUAGCAUAAUUAUCAGUGCAAAUAUUUUAUUCGAUUUAAUCUUAUGUUGAACACGUUUAUUUCAAUAUCACUGCUGUAUUAUUUCCUUUAAGUGCCCUUGCUUAGUAUGAUGCUUAAACUGCC